GACCCAUGCAUUGAUGGCCAAGUGGCCAGCACACUGCUCUACGCUCGCCAUCAUAGACUGUUCGUCAUUUGGCUAGGGACCAAUAGUCGGUCAUUUUAGCUUCACUGGGUACUCCGCUCCUUUUCGCGAUGUGGAUUCACUUUACGCUUCUGGUACUGUUAACUGGCGUUUCCGCGACAGUUGUCGAUUCUCGUCAGAAGCCAUCUAAACCUCCUUCUGCUGCAAGCUUUUACGUCCCAAAUAUCCCUAAUCUUUCCAGAGACCCAAAUAGUUCAUUACAUGUUUGGGCAGGAAACCUCAAUUCUGAUCCCAAUGCUAAACCUGAACCCACGAAUGAGGUCUCUGCACACAUAUUCUUCGUGUUAACAAAGGCUCGACGAAUUGCCGACAGAGAGAGGUUAAUAAUAUGGCUCAAUGGAGGUCCGGGUUGUUCAUCAUUUGAUGGACUUAUGAUGGAGAUAGGCCCAUGGAGAAUGAAUAAGAAGGAUUCACUACGGCAGAAAGAAGGCGGGUGGGAGGAAUAUGCUAAUGUUCUAUACUUGGAUCAACCGCCCGGCACUGGGUUUUCCUAUGCCAGCACUAACAAAUACGUGCACGAGCUUGAUGAAGCCGCCAAUCACGUCGUUGAAUUCCUUAAAAAUUGGUAUGAAGUGUUCCCGGAAUAUAAAGAUAUGGAUACAUACCUCGCUGGCGAGAGUUUUGCUGGCCAAUACAUUCCAUAUAUUGCGGACGCCAUACUGAAAACUGCUCGGCUUCCGACCCGCCUUAGGGGAGCUGCUAUUGGAAAUGGGUGGAUUGAUCCAUUUUCACAGUAUCCAGCGUAUGUCGAUUUUGCUAUAAAGGAAAAGCUUCUCAAAACAGGGACGAAGCAGGAAUACGAACAUGCGCUUCAGGCCCUUGACCAGUGUAAGAAACGAAUGAAUAGCACUGAGCAAGCGACUCCUAACUAUGGUGAAUGUGAGUUAGUAAUGGGAGCGACGAUUCGGCAUCUUGACCAGACUGUCAACGGAGUAACGACAUGUUUAAACAUAUAUGACAUUCGACUGUCUGACACGUACCCAGCCUGCGGCAUGAACUGGCCCCCAGACCUUACUUAUAUCAAACCUUAUUUGCAUCGUGAUGAUGUCAAAACCGCAUUCCACGCGUCUGGCUCAUCGGAGGGGUGGACAGAAUGUCGUGGCACCGUCAGCAGUAAUCUCUAUAUGAAGAAGUCACCACCCUCUAUUCGUCUUAUGCCGGGGAUUCUCGAGAAGAUUCCUGUUCUGCUUUUUCAUGGCGACCAGGAUUUGAUUUGUAAUUAUCUCGGUGCCGAGAGAUUAAUCGAAGCCUUGACGUGGAAUGGGGCGAGGGGAUUCAGUAACACGACAAAGCCUCAGUCAUGGAAGUUUAAUGGCACAGAAGUAGGAGAAUGGACUUCCGAUAGAAACCUGACGUAUGUGAAGGUUUAUGGCGCCUCUCAUAUGGUUGGCUUUGAUCUCCCGCAUGUGGCACAUGACAUGAUAUUAAGGUUCAUGGGGGUCGACUUCACAUCACUACUCAAGGGCUCAGCGACGAUCCCGAGCGAGGUAGGGGGUACUGUUAAACCAAUCAUCCAGCCUUCACUGGACAAAGGCGACGGAGACGAACAUGUUAAGCUUCCAUCGCAAGAUGAUCCGGCAUUAUGGCAAGCCUACUAUAAUGCAGGCUCUGCCGCACUCGUCCUAGUUUUGAUUGCUCUCGCACUGGGACUCUUCUUCUACUUCCGUAUGAAACGGCGUAACGGUUCGAAGACCGGUGUGGCUCUCGCGCGGGAUGAAGAGGAAUCGAUACCUCUCAGCCGUAAUAUCGGAGGCGAGAUAGACGACUAUAUCCCUGUCAGCACCCAAGAGGUCAACGGCCAGGGGGUUCCGCUCAAUAAGGGGAAGGCAAAGGUCGUUCAUGAUGAUAAUGUAACACCGAGGGAAGCGAUAUUUGAUGUUGGGGAUGAUGACGAUGAAAUGGACAUGGAGCUAAAGAUUUAGACAUAUCUCUACCCAAUUCUUCCUAUUUCAAUCUGGGCGUAAUUGUAUUCGCGUUAUACUUGUUACUGUAGGUCGAGGAAAGGCACCGUCCCAACAUUUAUUCCUUGUACGGGUAGUCGAAUUUCGCAUCCCUUCUUCUCCAC